AUGCUAAGUGUUACGAGAAGAGCUUCGUUUCUUUUGGGUUACAAUCCUCUAUGGGUUUUUGCUCAAUUACUUGGAUUGCUGGCUCUUAUUUUGAUUGGGAUUUUAUUUGAUAAGAAACAUACUGCUGGUGGUUACAAUUGGAAGACAUCCCCGUUUAAUUAUCAUCCGUUGAUGAUGACAAUCGGUUUGUUAUUCUGUUAUGGAAAUGCAAUUCUCUCCUAUCGAACAUUGACUCGUGUACCGAAAUUCACCGUUAAAUUGGUUCAUGCCUGUUUGUUAGUAUUGUCGUUGAUUUUUGCUCUGGUCGGUUUAACAGCUAUCAUCCGAGUUAAAAACGAAAGUAAACCACCAAGUUCACAUUUCAUGUCACUUCACGCGUGGAUGGGAUUAAUAACAAUCAUCUUAUUUGUUUUUCAAUGGAUUUUUGGUUUUUGUUGUUUUCUAUUUCCAACAUUAAGCUUGGAAAUAAGACAACUAUAUAUGCCAAGUCAUCGACUUUGGGGUAAAACUAUAUUUUCAAUGGCAUUAAUAACGAUUCUUAUGGGCAUAACAGAAGCUGGAGCGUUCGAGGCAUUUUUUGUUGGCCAAGAUGCAAAUCGGUCAGUACGUCUGAUGAUGAUAUUCUUUGGCUUAUUUACUGCUGGUUUUGGUUUUAUUGUCAAUUAUUUACUUGAAAAAAAUGAUUUUCAGCGACCAUCUGAUCCAGACAAUGAUUCUUUGAACAACAACAACAACGACAAAAAAUAA